AUGCUCUCACCACCAGCCUCAUCAACAGUAUCCUCGAAUGCCCACCCGACACUCCCUCAUCCACGUGAAGCUCCCUUGAAGCCCGGGGGAAGCAAAGAGAGUGCCUUCAUCCGCUACGUCGACCAGCAGAUCCUCCACAUCCAGCGCCGGUUCGCGAAACGCACAUCGCCUGAGUCCGCGCAUCUGUCAAAUGUAGACCGCGAGAAAGCAGAUUCAUGGGGUGAUGUGAAGGGGUACGGCUCAAUGAAAGAGGCAUGCAAAGACAUGGAACAAUUGAUUGAUGUGAUCUGGGUGAGCGGGACACCGAGCUUGCAGGUACCAUAUCUGAUCAGCUUGGCACUUCUGCUUGGGAAUGUCGUGCAGGCUAUGCCUCCUACGCCGAAACCUCUCUUUCGGUUGAUCGAGAAGCUGGAUCAUGCUUUUGCAAGCUUGCUUCAAGGGAGAGACGUGGACUCUGGAGAGCGUCUUCCAGGCUUUGUAGGGUCGAGGGGCGUGAGUGGCACAGAGAAGGUGAGGAUUAGGAGCUUAGUGGAAAGGACGAGGAUCAAUGUGGUUGAGGCGUUCAAGAAAGGAGAAUUUGAGCAUGAGGAAGCAGAGUCGGAGCCAGAAGAUGAUGACAAGAUGGACGUGGAUACUGAUGUGGAGGGUGGCUUGGUGCUGGAGGGAGAUGGUGAUGCUGAGGACGAUGAUACUCUUGAUAUGAGCAUUGCUAGGGUCUACGACAGAACGAUCCAGGAGCUUGGAGACAGUUUGGAAGAGCCGUCUCUGGGAAUCAUUACAGAAGGUCGGAGAUGA